GCCAAAAGAAGCCAUGACAAGGACAUCUACGUUUAAGGGCCUGGACCCCGAAGGCCGCAGUAACUCUAGAAUCCUGAGACCUCCAGGCGGAGGCUCCAGCUUCUCCUUUGGUGUUGGCGAAUCACAGCAGCAGCAACUUCUUAGAAGACAUAUGAUGACCUCCAACAUAUUUGGCAUACCAGAUGAUGAACCAACUCCUGCAUCUUAUGCUUCAGAAACAGACAUCCCACACAGUUCAGCUUGUGGAAACCCAGAAGAUUUACAGAAAACGUGUAAUCAGGAAGAGUGUGGAGAAGCUGCUGAUCACAUGGGUGAAGCAGAAAUACCAGAAACAGAGUCUAGAAAAGAUGGCUCUCAAGCUGCUAAGAAAGCGUACAACCGGCUGCCCCUGUAGCAGUAGCCAGUAGGUGAAACCCUCCAGGAGGAAAGUCAAGUCUGGUCCUGGGCUAAAACUCUAAACUGCUCUAGCAUUUUCUCCCAUUUGACUGUACAUGUUUCUUUGUUUUAAACACUUUGUCCCAACCCUCUAGUUGUUGUGUUCUUGGAUCUACUGGAAACGGCAUGAAUGGUUUUCUAUUUUCCAUGUUUGCACUCUUUUUUUUGUUUAACAUAAUAAAGAACAUUUAACGGU